AUGGACGGAGAGCAAUGGCUACUGCCACAUCACCCUAUAAUCAAUUCGCACAGACCACUGCCAAGAGUUGUUUUCGAUUCCGCUGCCAAACACGACGGUGUUUGUCUCAACGACUGCCUUGAGAAAGGGCCAAGUCUUCACAAUGAUCUUCCGAGCAUUUUGUUACGAUUUGGUGAAAAGCUCUUCGCACUUGUGGGAGACAUGUCAGAUAUGUUUUGCCAUGUUCUAGUCAAGGAGGAGGACCGCAAGUAUCACCGUUACUUGUGGCGUGACAUGGAUUCAACAAGACCGCCAGACGUUUAUGAAAUGAAUUGGUUGGUACUUGGUGACAAGUCCUCAUCCUGUGAAGCGAAUUUCGCAGUUAUCCGUGCGACGGAAGACAACCAGAAUCAAUGUCCAGAAGCUGCAGCCGCAGUCAGGCGAGAUAUCUUCGUGGACGACUUCUACAGUUCCCGCAAUGAUGUGCCGCAGGCAGUUUCCUUGAGAGCUGAUGUCUCAUCGCUGAUGGCUAAGGGUGGUUUUCCUAUGCGAAAGUGGGUAUCCUCUUCACCGGAAGUGCUGGCAACGAUACCAUAA